AUGACACACUCUAGUUUACAUUUUCCACAGAUAUGUGAUGAGCUUAACACGCCCACCCUGCCUAACAACCAGAAAUGGGCGGGUCAUCGUGGCAAAUGGAAGUGUGUCAUUUCAGAGUCAACGGGUCGCAUGUACAUGAGUAACGAGUACAAUGGAUUCCUGUAUGAUGAAAUGCAGGGCGUUGUCCCUGUAAGCUCUACCCUCCUGGCUAUGGACAAGAAACAGAAACAGAAACCCUUCACUAGACGACCCUGCAUUGCUACGUUCAAGAUCAGCGGUUUUGACUGCGCACUGGUAAGUGUACAUCUGAAGGCAACCGGUCUGGAGAAUGAGGACAUCGGUCGACUGCAGGCAGAGAUUGACAAUAUCCCCAACCUUAUAGAGACCAUUAGGACCGCUCUGCCAGCUCCGGAAGGAAAGAAUGGCAGUUUAAAGGAUUUAAAGACUAGUUCCAACACAAGUUAUGUGAGCGGGCCGGGAAACGCACUGUUGAUCCUCGGAUUUUGAUGAUCUUCGAAAUCUAGGCUAUCUCAAUUGUAUUGCCGACGGUGUCUUCACAAACAUAAGUGACGCCAACAAAAAAGGCAGCAAGACAUAUGAUAACAAUUGGAUAUCUAAACAGACAAAACAAGUGUUCACU